AUGCCUAAGCAAGACGAUUUUUAUCUUCACCCUUUCGGUUGGGAAAAUGAUCCAGAGGAGGAGCGUUUCAAAGUCUCAACCCUCGACUAUUUGACCGCUUGUACCUACAACAACUAUGCCCUCUUCUUUCGAGUGGAUGAUACGGACAAACCUCGAGUUGCCGAUGUGCUGAAGACCGGUCUUGAGCGUACGCUGAGCCAAAUUCGACAUAUCUGCGGUACCAUCGAGAAAGACCCCUCCGGCGGCCAUUCGUUUGUCAAGAAGAAAGACAGCACUGUACUCUUCGUGGUUCAAUGGUUGGAUUGUCCAGAAGACAUCGAUGUCUACCCAUCCUUUGAUGAGAUUGCCGAGGGCAAUUUCUGUACUUCGGUACUAGGUGAUCUCAACCGCUGGAGUGUUCCUCCGAUGACAUACGGCGAGAAACCAGAGGCUCACCCUGACAGUAGCCCCGUGAUUGCGGCCUAUAAAGCCAAUUUCAUUCGGGGUGGGCUGGUAUUCAUCAUGCACCAUCACCACUACUCCAAUGAUGUUAUGGGAUGGGCCGGGCUAGUCCACCAGCUAGCAGAAAACUGCUACGCGAGUGUCAACGAGACACCUUUCCCCCCCCCUGGGACCCUGCCUGUCUAG